CAUGCAACCUGCAGGCAGAGAAAGAGAGGGUUAGGGCAAAUAACAAAAAAAUCAGGACCAUAACACCAACACUUUCACUGUCUUGUUUUGUGUCACAAACUGUGUCGGCAAGCCAGACGGAGCAAGCGCUUCAUCUUCCUAAAGCUGCUCAAAGUGGAGUUAAGUGGUCAUGGCUUACCGUCUGUUUGAAGGCAAGGAUCAUGCUUCUUCCUACUUGAAGUACAGGAUCUCUCCAUCUGAUCAUCUCAUACAAAAGGUGCUUGACUUCCUGGAAAAACGGAAAGGGGGUCCCUAUGAGCUGGCCGUGGAUGUGGGUUGUGGCUCAGGACAGGGCACAGUGUUGCUGGCUAAACACUUUUCCUCUGUGGUGGGGACUGACAUCAGUCCUGCCCAGCUGGAGUUGGCUUUGCAGCAUGCCAAGGAACCCAAUGUCACAUACAGGCAGAGUGUAGCGGAGGAGCUGGCAUUGGCUGACAGCUCUGUGGAUUUGAUGACCUCCAUGUCUUCCUUCCACUGGUUUGACCGACCUCGCUUUCUCAAGGAGGCCCACAGAGUCCUGAAGCCUCGUGGAUGCUUGGCUUUGCUGAACUACACCAUCGAAAUGGAGCUCAGCUAUGCUGACUGCAGCUCACAGGCACUUAAUGAUGCCUGCAAAGAGUUCUAUGAAGCUCUGAAACCUUACCGCAGUCCUCACCUCGGAGCCAACUCCAUUGAGUUAUACAGAGAGGCCUACAACUCCAUCCCCUACCCUGACAAGGAGUGGCAGGAGUGUGUGUGGGUGAAAAGGCCCAUGCCUCUAUCCAGCUACAUGGGGUUUGUAGAGUCUUUCUCAAGUUAUCAACGCUUGCUGAGAGAAGACCCGCUGAAAGCUGCCAGACUCUCACAGGACAUCCGUCAAAAGUUGAUGUCUAUAAUGAGAGUGACCUCUGAGGACACAGAGGUGUUGGUGGCUGUGAAAUAUUUCUACCUUUUAGCCUGCAAACCAGAUGAAGUCUGACUCCUGCCAGCACUCACAUUUUCAACAAAGUCAUGAAUGAAGUUACACAUGCAGAAACUUUUGAACCCAGAUGUGUCUCAUUAACUAUUUACUUGUGAUGUUUUUUUAAAGCUAUAUUCUAAGUAACUUGAACUCUUUGACAUUUGACAAAUAAUGUUAUUUGCUUGUUUUGAGGUGGAUGAGUAGACAGUGAUUAUGUCUGUACUUUGAAUGUGAGGCUGCCUCAGCCAGAGGCCAGUUAGCUUAAACUGAAAUGGGUGGUUAACAGCAAAAACUGCUAACACAAAACAUGUUUUUUGACAUUA